UGGGUUACAGAGUCAGAUUCCCUGCUUUGGAGGAGAAGCUGUGCCCUGGAGGAGUGAAAUCGAACAAAGAGGACCUAGAGCCCUGAAAUGACACUGAACCAAAUCCCAAAGACUAUUCAAGCACUGAGGCCUCAUGCAGGGAACGGCAUACACUUUAAUGAGCUAUGCACUAUUUGAGGGGAUGUCUUCAUUAUGGCUUGUGAGGUGACAAGGAUUUCUCUGUAAUGAGAUGGAUUCUGGGAGAGGCUACCUUGGGAAAGAGAGUAAGGAGAUGCUAGUUGCAGAUAAGAAGGAAGGAAUUGGGGCCUGUGGCUGGAUCCUGGUUUCUCUUUCAGUCCUGUUCAUGCUUAUUACCUUUCCUUUCUCCAUCUGGAUGUGCUUGAAGAUUGUCAAGGAAUAUGAGCGUGCUGUUGUAUUUCGGCUGGGACGUAUAGUGUCCAAAAGAGCAAAGGGUCCAGGUUUGAUUAUAGUCCUUCCGUGUACGGAUGUUUUUACCAGGGUUGAUCUUAGAACUGUUACCAGUAACAUUCCCCUACAAGAGAUUCUUACGAAAGAUUCUCUAACUACCCAAGUUGAUGGAGUGGUCUACUAUAAAAUCUACAGUGCUGUCUGUUCAGUGGCUAAUGUCACGGAUGUCCAUUUAUCCACCAACCUGCUGGCACAGACCACUUUGAGAAAUGUUCUAGGCACCCAAAGCUUGUCCCAGAUCCUGUCUGGUCGAGAAGAGAUUGCCCACAAAAUCCAGACAAUCCUCAAUAAUGCCACCAGUAAAUGGGGAAUCCAAGUUGCACGUAUGGAAAUCAAAGACAUCAGGAUCCCUAUGCAGAUGCAAAGAGCUAUGGCUGCUGAAGCUGAAUCAACACGAGAUGCUAGAGCUCAGAUCAUAGCAGCAGAAGGAGAAAGGAAUGCUUCCGAAGCACUGAAGCAGGCCUCCAUGGUGCUGGUUGAGGCUCCAUCAGCCCUCCAGCUGCGCUACUUGCAGACCUUGACCACGCUAGCUACUGAGAAGAAUUCCACCAUUGUCUUACCUCUGCCCAUGAAUAUGCUGCAGGGUUUUUAUAAACAAUAAUCGGACAAAACCAAAUGGUGAUUAAGGCUCUUUUACACUGAAUUCUUUAGUUUGGAGAGCUUUACAGGGAUUCAGGAGAGGCAAGCCUGUGCAGAAUUAAUCAGAAUUAAUGUAGAAAGUACACUUUGAUAUCCUGCCUCAGGAAUAGGGUUAACUACACAAUCACAAGCCAGAACACUGAAUCUGAAUGCCCCCAAAUUUCUGAGGGAUUCAAAAUUCAGACAUCCAAAUGUUGUUGUGGCUCAAGCUCAUCACUAGGUAAAAAAUAGAAGAUACUUUGUUAAAAUACAGGUUAAACUGAAACUGAGGUGUUUGCUUUUGAUGUUACUUGAUUUUACAGAGUCGCUCAUUUAGCAGGUAUGUGGUGAUUUGUCUGCUCACCAGGAGCCUGCCUCUAAAAGCUAAUACAACCACUGCUUGCAGUAAAUAGGCCAGCUCCUGUUCUGUUACACUGGGGUAAAUUUGUAGCAUCUCAGUUGAAAACACCAGUGUAGUGGCGAGAACAAUGUCACCCAGAGAUAUUCCUUGAUCAUUACUGGAACCACCAAGUAAUUUGUAAGUCUAUGUAGCUCCUACAAAAGGACUUAGGUGCCUAUAUCCAACAUUUAGAUGCCACCAGACUUAAACCUCUCUCUCUCUCACCUAAGCCCCUGCAGGCUCCUCAAACUCAGUGGGCCCCCAUCUAUUUCACCUAUGGGAGCCAAUACAGUUGGCAUGCACCAAGCAUAUUUAAAUCCACACAAAAUAACAAUGACCACAGAGAAUAGCAUGGCCUUCUCGGAACCUUUAGCCAGGUGCUAGGGCACUUAGCCAGGAUGUGGAAGACCUGGGUUUCUGUUCUCCCUCCUGAUUGAUGGGGAGUAUGCAUUUGAACUUGGGUCUCCUGUUCCUGAAGGGAAUGCCCAACCAUUGGCCCUAGAGAAUUAUUUUCACUCUAUUUGUCCCAGUCAAUAUUUAAUUAUUUCUACACAGAUGAACAGCUUUAAUAGGCAAGAUUGAGAGGCACCAGCACCAGAAUAUCCCAUAGCCCAGUGGUUAAGGAACUCUCCUGAGAGGUAGGAGACCCAAUUUUGCAUCACUUCUCCACAGCGAGGAGAAUUGAACCUGUGUCUCCCACAUCCUGAAGAAGUGCUCUGACCACCGGGCUAAAGAUCACAGGAG